AAACUGGUUCGGCCUCAUCAUAACUUUACUCUUUCGGACCAGAAAACACUGUUUACCUUACCCUCUCUCUCUCUCUCUCUCUCUCGGGUUUCAAAACCACCGCAGCGAGAUGCCGUUGGAGGAGGAUCCACACGACGGUGCUAUGGAAAUCGAGGAGUCUGACAUUCCGAAGCUCCAGACUGACUUUGAACUCGUCUCUUACACUCUCUUCUACGAUGAAUUUCUAGACACAGAUUUGCUGCAAAGAACAUGGCCUAUUGUGGAAUCCGCCUUAGAAGAGUAUGGCCUUUCGUGCACUCUGGAUCUGGUGAAGCGUUAUAUGAGAGUGUCCACAACCAAAAUGGCUUCAGAUCCAGAUUUUAUAUUCACAGCUAUUGAUAUUCUUGAACUUUUGUCAAGAAGUGUUCCGGCAGAUUGGGCAAUAAAGAUUCUAGAUUGCAGUUGCCAACACGACAUCAUUAAGAUUGGGAAUCAAGAAGACGGUCUUUGCAGGAUAUUUGGGAUCAAUAAGGAGCAAUUUCUUGCACGGAGAGCACUUCUCAUGGGUGGUGUCAUGAAGGGACUAGUUGAUGUGACGGAUUGUGGUAUUUUUCUCAAGGGAAACACUAUUGCUGUCCUGGGUUCACUUCAUGGAUUAAAGAUGGUAAGGAGGAUUGUGGAAGACUGUAUAGCUCAUGAUGUGCCUCCUGCACCCCGUGUCCAGAGGAUGAGAAAGAAGAGCCAAGCGAAGAAGGCUAGGAGGAUCAAAAGGACCAGUGAAGUGACAAUGAAUCUUCAAGCUUUGCGUGUCUAAAUUGUGUUAUAUGAUGCUCAUUUAGAAAAUGAGUGACAAUAUUAUCCUAAAUGGCCAGAUAUGUUAGUGGUGGAGUCAUCUUCAUCAUUACUUCAUUAGUAGGGAGUUUAGUUACUACUGUGGUUGUAAAAGGCUGUAGAAAUGAGUCUUGAGUUAAUAUGUUUUUUCGGAUGUGAUUGGGAACUGAAACAGAGAGCUCAAAAGUAAUAUUAAACAGAAACUGACCGAGUGUCAUUUGCCUGUGGGUUUCUCAUA